AUGUAUGAUCCCGAGAAUAAGGAACAGUACAAAACCGAUUUACCUGGAUCGCCCAAAUAUAGAAGGCUAGAGUCACUCGUCGAAGAAAAUGAACAAUCAGUAAGCAAACACCCAGAGGGUGUUGCUUGUACGGCUAUGGACAUCGUGGCAUUGGAAUUGUGCAGACCCAAGAUAUGGCAGAAACUUCACACGGAAACCACAGAGAUGAUAGUUAACGAAAGCGGUAGGCAAAUGUCGCCACCAAUAAGCGUACGUAUUAGUGGUCUUGAAAAAAGUACCUCUUACGCCAUCUGGGUGCAUUUUCAACGGGAUGGGAAUGCCUGGACAUGGUGCCCGCAGGAAAUGAAAUGGAAAGUCAAUGACGUGGACGAUACCAUCAAUGAGCCAAUUGAUCACCCCCAAAUGGAAUUAUAUUGCCACCAGUGGAUUACAGCUCCAGGUGACAAGUGGAUGGAAAAGCCGAUUUCGUUUCAAAACCUGAGGCUCACUUCAGAUCUUAAAAACACGCGCGAUGUAUUCUUAUACCCAAAUCAUCGAUACACACCUGUAGUGUACCUGGUGGCCUUGGAUGGUCAGCAAAUGAUUACCAACAGUCCAGUGAGCUUCUUCCCCCUCGAUUUGGCUCAGUUCAUAUGCUCCAAAUCGUACCGGAAUAGAAAAAUGGCAUGCCUGAAGAUAGAAUUGAAUCCUAGAUCUAGGAAAAUCCACUCUCGUGGUCGCCAGCAGGCUCCCCAGCGUCAGAGCAAUCAUACAUCCAAACAGAGUAACUCGCCUGAUGAUUGUUUCGGUUGCAUACAAACUGGGGUUAGGUAUGGGUUUCUUCCCAGUCACUCGAUGCCAGUACCGUUGGGAAGCUCAUGCAUGAAUAGUCAGCAAAGAACAAGAUCGAUCACCGAGGGAGAUGCACAAUGUAAAAUUUCUCCUUGUAAUAGUUUCGCAUUCACAGCGGCCGAAACACUGUACGAAAGUAUUGAGACUGAAAAUAUUACCAGAUCACAAAACAAUAGGGUGUAUUGACCGGCCGCAAUUCGAUGUAGAACCAAUGUUACAAGGACAAUUGAGUGAAUACAACGAAUGACAAUCAUUACCUGCACAGAUGGUAUCUAGAACCGAUGGCAUGUACUGAUGAUCAGGCAUGUCACUAUUCGUACAGUAAAACACAAACAGAAUGAGACCAUUCGCACGCGAGGAUGACCAUAAUGCAUUUGCACGCGAGGGUGACCAUAACGCAUUCGCGCAGUAUACUACAUAAAUAAAUAAUUGCUACCAAUUAUCUCCGCACAAAACAAAUAAAU